AUGUCUGCCCGUGAGCCAGAAACUGCCCGUAUGGGGUUUAUUCAUUCUGCAGACCACAGAAGCAACGGCAGCGACACUGACAGCCGGAGCUUGAAUUGCGCAUCACACAGCGAAAGUGCGAUUGAGGAGGAAACACCAGAAGACACUCAAACGAAACGCGAAGCCUCAGAUGACCCUGAAGGCCUCACCAUCCCUAGUGGCUCACAGGGCAGUGAUGGCGGAGAUGGUGGAGGUGGAUCGCACGACAAUAAUUCCGCCACUUUAGGGCCGGCGCCUCAAAGUGAAGGUGCAGUCGAAGAAGAGAUCGAGGGUGAGGGCGAGGCUGCUGGAGAGCUGCGGAGGACGGAAGUGGAGUACAGCGACAACGGGUCACAGCACUGGGAAGAGGCUGUGAGCAGUCCAGAAGAAGGCAGUAUUCUUUUUCAGUCUGAUGAGGACUCUGAUAGUAGCUCUAGCUCAAACAGUAGCGAGGACUCCCCCAAAACAGUGGCAGACGAACCGGCUGCUGAUGCGGAAGGGAACGCGCUCGGGUGCGCCCAUUAUCGCCGCAAGUGCAAAGUUGUGGCUCCAUGCUGCAAGGAGAUUUAUUGGUGCCGCCAUUGCCACAAUGAAGCCUAUGAAAUGGAUCUAUCCAACGCACAUGAAAUAGAUCGCCAUGCUGUUGAGGAAAUUGUCUGUGCCGUCUGCGAAGCCCGGCAGCCGGUAAGCAACAAGUGCGUUGGGUGCGGCACCGUCUUUGGAGCGUACUUCUGUUCUGUUUGCAAGUUUUGGGAUAACUUGGGCGAGAAGAAGAAGGUCUAUCACUGCGACGAAUGCGGCAUUUGCCGGUUAGGGGGGCGAGAAAAUUACUUUCACUGCCCCACAUGCGGCAGCUGUUACCCUAUGCAGUUGCAAAAUAAGCACAAGUGUCUAGAAAAUGCCAUGCACAGGCAGUGUCCUGUUUGUCUUGAAGAUAUGUUUUCGAGCCUGCGCCAGAGCCAAGUGCUGCAGUGCGGCCAUACCAUCCACUCGGAUUGCCUGAGGCUUUUGCAGAAGCAGAAAGGUUUCCAGGCCAUUAGGUGCCCCAUGUGUAGCAAGUCGAUUGCAGAUUAUAGCGAAUUUUGGAAGCAGCUCAGUGAAGAAAUCGAGAGAACGCCAAUGGAGGAACAGAUGAGACGGAAAGUGCGUAUCGCCUGUAAUGAUUGUCUAGAAAGAUGCACGACCGAUUUUCAUUUUCUCGGUCUUAAAUGCCUGCAUUGUAACAGCUUCAACACUCGCGAUGUGGCAGAAGACUGA